AUGGAUUUCUGUUUUGCUCCCAGGAAUUGUUAUUUAUAUCUCACCAUUAUUUUCCUUUCACUGUUCUCGCCGCUCUCCGAGUGCAACCAGUUUUGUGAUGCUGGGAUUGCAUAUGGAGAGUCGGUAUGUGGAGCUGGUCCAGCUUACCUUUCAAAGAUUUUGAUAAAGGGAGGUACUGUUGUGAAUGCCCAUCAUCAAGAAAUUGAUGAUGUGUACAUAGAAGAUGGAAUAAUCGUUGCAGUACAGAACAAUAUUGUGGUUGGAGAUGAUGUUAAAAUUAUUGACGCCACUGGAAAGUAUGACAUGCCAGGAGGUAUUGAUCCACAUACACACUUGGCCAUGGAGUUCAUGCGCACCAAAACUAUUGACGAUUUUUUCAGCGGGCAGGCUGCUGCAUUGGCUGGUGGGACCACAAUGCAUAUCGAUUUUUUUAUUCCAGUGAAUGGGAGUUUAUCCACAGGCCUGGAGUCUUAUGUGAAAAAGGCAGAAAGAUUGAUCACAGAUUAUGGUUUCCACAUGGCAAUAACUAAAUGGGACGAAACCGUUUCAAGGGAAAUGGAAGUUAUGGUCAAGGACAAAGACAUCAUGCAGCUAGAGGGUGAGGCCACUGGUCGAGCUAUACGUUUGGCAGGUUUCGUAAACACUUUUCUGUAUGUUGUCCAUGUCAUGAGCAUUGAUGCGAUGGAAGAAAUAGCUAAAGCUCGAAAAUCAGGUUCAGCCUUACCAAUUUUAGCUGGUUACAUAUCCCUACCUGCAGUGGCUUCUCACAUUUUGUAUUACACUCUGUUUGUCAUGAGUCCACCUAUUAGGGCACCUGGACAUGGUAAGGCUCUUCAAGCGGCUCUCUCAACCGGGAUUCUACAGCUAGUAGGAACGGACCACUGCACUUUCAAUUCAACACAAAAGGAAAUGGGAAUUGAUGAUUUUCGGAAAAUUCCGAAUGGUGUAAAUGGUCUCGAGGAGAGAAUGCAUUUGGUUUGGGACACGAUGGUAGUGUCUGGACAAAUAUCCGUUGCUGAUUAUGUUAUGGUGACUAUCACCGAGUGUGCCAAAAUUUUCAACAUCUAUCCAAGAAAAGGAGCAAUACUAGCCGGGUCAGAUGCAGAUAUCAUCAUAUUAAACCCUGAUGCAAGCUUUGAAAUCAGUUCAGCUACCCACCACUCUCAAACAGAUACAAAUGUUUAUGAGGGAAGAAGAAGGAAGGGAAAAGUCGAAGUAACCAUAGCUGGAGGACAAGUGGUUUGGGAGGACAAUGAACUUAAGGUCGUCCCUGGUUCCGGAAAAUAUAUAGAAAUGCCUCCUUUUAGCUACCUUUUUGACGGGAUUGAAAAAACGAAUGCCGAAUAUUAUUCUUCCUUACGAGCUCCCGUAAAACGAGGUAGCCACACUAGCUGA